AAGGAGAGAAGGGGUCAGAUAGACGGAGGCGCGGUACCAGAGCGCUUGGAAAAAUAAGGAUCCGACUGAUACGCUUCACUGAGGCAUGCGCUUUGCGUAAGGCAGCAUCUUCAGGAGGAUUCCGCUCAAGUGCCCUCUUUUGUUCUGAAAGAAGUUUAAUAAAGAAGUGGAUUGUGACAUAUCGAUUACUAUGGGCUCCAAAAGGCACCGUUCAAAGACUUCAGCGUCUUCACACAGCCCGAGCUGCUCUCCAAUGGGACUUUCACUGUUGAUUCUUCUACCUUUGUCUGUUGCCUUCAACUUGGAUGUGGAGAACCCAGCGGUGUAUACUGGACCCAACGGUAGUUACUUCGGGUACUCGGUGGACUUUUACAUGACUGACUCAAGUGUGAGUAUUAUAGUUGGAGCACCCAAAGCCAACACCAGCCAGCCCAACAUCAGGGAAGGAGGAUCAGUCUUCUACUGUCCAUGGAGCCUCAGCCAAUCACAAUGCAGCAGCAUAGAGUUCGAUAUACAGGGAGAUCUAAACAUGAGAGUGAAUGAAGCAGUACUUCAGGGAGAGUUCAAAUCCCAUCAGUGGUUUGGAGCAACAGUACGAGUGCAUGAAGAUAGUGUGCUGGCUUGUGCCCCCCUCUACUCCUGGAGAACCAUGGAGGACAAGCCUCAUGCUGAUACUACUGGCUCAUGUUUUCUGUCCGUCAAAAACUUCACUAAGUUUGUGGAAUAUGCUCCAUGCCGCACAGAAUUCCGUGGAAGAAAAGGUCAAGGCUACUGUCAAGGUGGAUUCAGUGCUGAUUUUACACGGGAAGGAAAGGUGGUGCUUGGAGGACCUGGCAGUUACUUCUGGCAAGGCCAAGUGAUCACUGCUGUUAAACAAGAAAUAGUCAAAGCCUAUUACCCAGGAUUCUUCUUGACCUCAGUGGAAGGCCAGAUUCAGACCAAACAGAAAAAGGAGAUCACAUUUGAUGACACCUACAUGGGUUACUCGGUGGCUGUCGGCGAGUUCAGUGGUGAUGAUGAUGAAGACUUUGUGACUGGAGUUCCCAGGGGAGUCAGACUGCAUGGACAGGUGAGAGAAAGCAGUCACACUAUCAACUGUGACAUUUAG